AUGCAGACAGCCCCCCCUGCCACAGCGGCAGAGUGCAGUGGAGUCGUGAAGCAUCACCUUUGGGUAUUUUACACCGCGCUGCGUUCCAGUGCUGAUGAGGUGGUUUCUGCCGCUGUGGAAAUAACAGGACUUGGUGAGGAAGGAUCCCAUCGCCGGGGAUGGGGAAAAGCAGCUGGAUCGGAAAGACAUGACUUAACGCGAAAUGGCUCGUACUCUUCUCAUGCAAGGGGACCAGCUAUUCCGGAAGACUCGCUGAUAACCGCGGCUACCGCGAUGUUAGGGAGGCUACUGCACGAAAAUAGAAAAUGCGGUGGUGACGGAAGAGGCCACGUCCACUCCCUAACUGAGUCAGAACAUAUGCAACGAAUAAAUACUCUUGCGCAGGUAAUCACAUGGUACUGUUGGGCAGCCGUACCGGUGUCGGAGAACACUUUCGACUUCUCGUUACUAGCUGCCAACCGCCAGGAUGCGUCGAGGCAGCAGCGACCAGUGCGGAGGAAUGUGAAUGGCAGUGACAGCAAAUCUACUAGCAGUUCUCACCUAAUUGAAGAUGGGCAGAUGGCCGAAAAAAUAUUUGGUGUAGGGGUGGAAGCGGUGGUUUAUGCUUCCGUCAGUAACAUUAACAAAGGAAUGGUUGACGCUCAUGCUACUCAGGGUGGCGACGGUAGCGGAGAGUGUGCUUCUGACGAACUCUGCCACAUGGUGCGUAUGUCGGCUUUUUAUAUGCUUGUGGCUGCGCUGAUGCGGUUUCGCAAUUCGCCCUUUAACGUUACUCGAUACUUACCUGUGUUGUUUCCUGAAGUGGAUGCGAGAGAUGCCCGGGUUUCACACCCGCUGCUCACUCCAUUGUUGUGGCAUAGAGAGGAACGAAUUCGAGCGGCGGCGGCUGCCCUGCUCUCCGCCUUGCUCCGCAAGCUGAGCACCAAUUUCACAUAUGCAGAAGAGCCACAACAGAAACGGCAGUCUUUCCUGUCUUUGGCGUCACUGAGUGGUCGGGUUUUAGCUUCUAUACAUUAUGCACUACUGUGGGCAACGCAGACGCCGGAUACCCCUGAGCUAAUGCAAGGUGUCUGUUCCAAAGCGGUUAAUGUGCAAAAUCACCGCACUGGCAUUCACUUUUCUGUUUUUUCCGUACUCGUCGCAGUCACGCCGUACAAUCGGUGCCCACAGUGCCGUGAGAUGGUGGGCAGUGUCUUGCGCAUGAAUGUGCUCCGCGAGUGCCUUGUCACAUGUGACAGCGGUAGGUUUAAGGCGGCAACGGCCUUCCUUUGUGAAGUGUUAAAAUCCGAGUCUCUUAUUAGUGUGGUGCACGACUGCCUCUUGUGGGACGAAGAAAACGUUAAAGUAGAAGUAAAAAAUCUCGAGCCCUUCAGUCGAAGCGAGCCACGUUGUGACGGUUUCAGGGCACUGGUUGAUUCACUUUUAACGCAUGCCGCGGCACGCGUGGAGGUUUGGAGGUGUGUUGUGCAACUCUCCCGCUUGCAUCCUGCUACCGUGGGGGCCCACUUCUCACAACUUAUCACAGCUUCCCGUGCCGUUCUACGAUUGAGUACGGGGUUAGAGGGGACCACAUGCCCUGCGGGAGGAGCUGCUGAUGCAACUCUUGGUGAGUGUCUGCGGGGGUGGGUGCAUUUCAUGGGUUAUGUCUGGCAACCCUUCGAUGGACAGUCGGCGGACCCCGCGCUUCGACCCAACUAUGCCUCCCACCGGGCAACGCAGUUGCAGAAGGAACAAAUCGUGGCGGAGCUUGUCCUUCCGGUGCUACGAAUGGCAGUUGGGGAUUCUCGGCACAUCGAGGCCCGCCGGGCUGCUUUACGUUGCCUUGCUCAAGUGGGGGAUGAGUAUUUGCUCUCCCUUUCCGACAGUGCUCGCCAGGAGAUUAUCGAAAAGGUUGUCGCCGCGACAUCUGCAACGGAGAGCAGCGGCAGAGCGGAGGCCUUCACAACUAUUGGCGUGUGGGCGUGGAAGUACACCGCCCUCGACAGCAAGACACUGGACUUCGUCGACCUUGCGGUCUCCUGUCUCUUCAAUGACCCUUGCUCCACCGUCCGAGGGAAGGCGGCUUUCGCUCUCUCAAACAUCACCUCACGAUUGAUUGAGAAUUCAGCGGAGGGCGAUGGUGAUGACGGCGUAGAAAGCGCUGCCGCUCAUGAGAACCCCCUUAGGCAGUCUCCACGCCACAUUCAGCUACUCUGUGAGGUUGCUCUGCAUGCUGCCGAGCAGUAUGACGACGCUGCCAUAAUGGGGCAUGGCAUUCGCAUAAUGAGUCACCUCUUGGGGUGCCUUACCUUCGAGGAACUAAUCGCCGAGGCGAGGGCGGAGUGUGAGGAGCAGCAACAGGUUGUCGCGGAGGCAUUCUUUGACACUCUUCUACGAUUUUUAAACCCCUUCAGCUGUGAUGCCAAAUUAAGAUGGAAUGCUUCAUGCGCUCUUGGGUUCGGUCUCGCGCGGGAGGUGGUUUUCGAUGCGGAGCCAAAAGGAGCGACUUCUGCUGUUGAACGGCUGUGCACUGUGGUAUGUAGUGAUCGCAUUUUCAAGGUCCGUACGCAAGCCGCUUCAGCCCUCGCGCGAGUCCCCCCGUCGUGCCUUACUGCGGGGCGAUACGCCACAGCGGACCUCACACCUGUGGUGGCCCGCGCGCUGUGUGGUGCACUGCGGGAGGUUAUUGGAGACACAACGGAGACAUACGCCCAGUACAAGGAGCAGGGCGCCUUGAGGGCGGCGUUGCGGCAGGGGUUGAGCGUGAUGAUCACUGGUGCAACAUCGAGUGCCGAACUGCAGUGCAUUUUCGCUGAAUUCCGGACGAUUCUUGUGGCAGAAGGUCUUUUGGGGUGA